ACAGUGAAGGAGAUUAAAACCCUCGAUUCCUGUUCUCCGUCUUGCCAUCGCAGUGGAGGAGGGAAGGAGGAAGGGGGCGAGUUGGGGUUUGGCCUUUUUUCACGUGUUUGAUGUUGUUGGUUGCGGUCGAUCGGGCCGGCGAAUUUGGAGACGAAGGUAUACGAUAGCUAUUUUCGGAGAAAGGUGCUAGGGUACAUUGAAAUUGGACUCUCCUUAAUUUGUAUCACACAUAAAUGGCUUCAGUGAGCUUGGUGCCCCCUUCAAGGUUGAAAAUCACCAGUAGCACUAGUGUUGGCAUGGACAGGUUGCCUGAUGAGAUGAGUGAUAUGAAAAUAAGGGAUGAUAAGGAAGUGGAAGCAACAGUGAUUGAUGGGAAUGGGACAGAAACAGGUCAUAUAAUUGUUACUACUGUCAAUGGGAUAAAUGGACAACCAAAGCAGACAGUAAGCUACAUGGCUGAGCGUGUUGUAGGACAUGGAUCAUUUGGAAUUGUUUUUCAGGCCAAAUGUCUAGAGACAGGUGAAACCGUAGCUAUAAAGAAGGUUCUUCAAGAUAAGAGGUACAAAAACCGUGAGCUGCAAACCAUGCGCCUUCUUGACCAUCCAAAUGUUGUCUGUCUGAAGCAUUGCUUCUUUUCAACAACUGAGAAGGAUGAAUUGUAUCUCAAUUUGGUACUUGAAUAUGUACCGGAGACAGUUCAUCGUGUUAUCAAACACUACAACAAGAUGAACCAACGUAUGCCGCUAAUAUAUGUGAAGCUGUACAUGUACCAGAUAUGUAGAGCGUUGGCAUACAUACAUGGUAGUAUUGGAGUGUGCCACAGAGAUAUUAAGCCCCAAAAUCUUCUGGUUAACCCACAUACUCAUCAAUUGAAAUUAUGUGACUUUGGGAGUGCAAAAGUGUUGGUGAAAGGGGAACCAAAUAUAUCAUACAUCUGUUCCAGAUACUAUAGAGCUCCUGAGCUUAUUUUUGGGGCAACUGAAUAUACUUCAGCAAUUGACAUCUGGUCUGCUGGUUGCGUUCUUGCUGAACUUCUGCUAGGACAGCCUCUCUUUCCUGGUGAAAGUGGAGUUGACCAGCUGGUUGAAAUAAUUAAGGUUUUAGGUACCCCCACAAGAGAAGAAAUUAAAUGCAUGAACCCAAAUUACACCGAGUUUAAGUUCCCCCAAAUUAAAGCUCACCCUUGGCACAAGAUCUUCCAUAAGCGAAUGCCUCCUGAAGCUGUUGAUCUCGUAUCUAGGCUUUUACAGUACUCUCCAAAUCUGCGAUGCACUGCUUUAGAAGCACUAAUUCAUCCAUUUUUCGAUGAGCUUCGAGAUUCGGAUACUCGGCUGCCAAAUGGCCGUUUUCUGCCUCCUCUUUUUAAUUUCAAGCCUCAUGAGUUGAAGGGAGUGCCGAUGGAGAUAGUAGCGAAGUUGAUACCAGAGCAUGCUAGAAAGCAGUGUGCUUUCUUAGGAUUAUAAGUUGUUGAUAGGAUGAUUACCUGAGGAAAGUUGCAUGCAUCUAACCUAGUAAAGAGAGGUAUUUCCAAGUGAGAUUAGUGAGUUGACGGAGCAGGUGAUCUAAAGAAAACUGUGCUGUUUUCAUGUGUAUUAUGGUCACUCCCUUGUCCUCGGUCUAAAAGAUGGUUUUCCGUUCUCCAAAAACCUCGAU